GCUGUUUGGAGUCAUGGCUGCGCCCGUUGCGCUUAUUCAAGGGGCCAGUAGAGGAUUGGGGCUCGCUUUCUGCAAACACAUCUUAAAAAAUAAAAGUCCAGCCGUUGUCAUCGCCACGUGUCGGAAUCCUGACGGGGCAUCCGAGUUAAAGGCGCUGUCUGCUGUGCACGCGGGGAGGGUCACGCUGCUGGGGCUGGACGUGGAUCAGGAGCAGGACAUCCGAAGUGUCUCAGAGGUGGUCAGUCAGAGGUUUGGGCGUCUGGACCUGCUCGUGAACUCCUCCGCCCUGCUCCACCCCUCAGGGAAAGGAGAGACCAGUCUGAGGGAUGUGUCUGCGCAGGGCGUCAUAUCUACCUUGACGACAAACACAGUGGGUCCUCUGGUCAUGGCCAAGUAUUUUGCGCCACUUCUGCAGAAAGGUGGAGGUGGUUUUGGUCAACAGCCUGAAAAUAAAUCUAAACAUCACAGUGGAAUCAUCGUGAACAUUACUGCAAAAGUCGGAUCCAUUGGUGAUAAUGGUCUUGGUGGAUGGUACAGUUAUCGAAUGUCAAAAGCAGCACUGAAUAUGGCAACUAGAAAUCUGUCCAUAGAACUGGGCCGUGGCAAAUCCAAGGUGCUGUGUGUGUCUUUACAUCCCGGGACAGUGAACACAGAUCUGUCCAGGCCUUAUCACAAGAAUGUCCCAAAAGACAAGUUGUUCAGCACCGAGCACUCCGUCAACUGCCUCAUGAGCAUCAUCGACACUCUGAAUAUCAGCCGGACUGGUAAAGCCUACAGCUGGGACGGGGCGGAGUUGCCCUGGUAGCAUCUUCAACUCAGAAAACAUGCGCUCGUCUUUGCCU